AUGGCAAGAACAAAACAGACCGCUCGUAAAUCUACGGGAGGAAAAGCCCCCAGAAAACAGCUCGCCACUAAGGCCGCGAGAAAAAGCGCACCGGCGACCGGCGGCGUCAAGAAACCCCAUCGUUACAGGCCCGGAACCGUCGCUCUCCGAGAGAUCCGUCGUUAUCAGAAGAGCACCGAACUUUUGAUCCGCAAACUGCCCUUCCAACGUCUCGUCAGGGAGAUCGCCCAGGACUUCAAGACCGACUUGCGUUUCCAGAGUUCCGCCGUGAUGGCUCUCCAGGAAGCUAGCGAAGCUUACCUCGUCGGUCUCUUCGAAGAUACCAACUUGUGCGCCAUCCACGCCAAACGCGUCACCAUCAUGCCCAAAGACAUCCAGCUGGCGAGACGCAUUCGCGGAGAAAGAGCUUAAAAAAAAAAAUCGACCGACCAUCAAUCACACCGUCAUCU